AUGAUCGACCAACGCAAUCCAUCUCACUCUGAUAUCGACAUGUUUAAGGAAGACAAUCAAGAGAUCGAGCGAGCGGACACUGAAGAUCACGUUCCCAACACACACGAUGCCAAGUUCGAAAAGAGGGUUCUCCGAAAGGUUGACCUACGACUAUUGCCCAUUCUCGGAUGCCUCUACACAAUUGCUCUCGUAGACAGAUCCAAUGUCGCUGUCGCUCGCAUCUCGGGUAUGGACGAUGACCUUGGUCUCGCCGAGGGUAACCGCGUGUCUAUCGUUCUAAUGGUGUUUUUCAUCGGCUAUAUCAUCUUCGAAAUCCCCAGCAACGCGUUUAUCCACAAACUCGGUGCUGCGAACUGGCUCGCUUUUCUUGCUUUUGCGUGGGGUUUGGUAUCCCUUGGUAUUGGCUUUCUGAAUAACUGGGCAGGUCUAGCUGUGCUAAGAGCAUUUCUGGGUGUCCUUGAGGCUGGUUUCUUUCCAGGCUGUGUCUAUCUUGUGUCGUCUUGGUACAAGCGAUAUGAGGUUCAGAAACGCAUGGCUGGGUUUUUCCUGACUGCGUCGGCUCUAUCUGCAUUCGCCAACAUUCUCGCUUAUGGUCUGAUCCAGAUCUCCAAACACCACCACUACAAAGGAUGGCGCUGGAUCUUUAUCGUCGAAGGCGCCAUUACCGUUGUCGCAGGUAUUGGAUCAUGGUUCAUCAUCGUCGAUUUCCCCGACUCCGAUAAAAACACAUUCCUCACCAUUGAAGAGCGCGCAUUUGUGAAGGCGCGUCUGGCUGAAGACCGUGGCCCAGAAGAACGAGAAAAGGUAACGAUCAAGGUCCUCGCCAGAACAGCCGCCGAUUGGAAACCAUGGGCAUUCUCUCUCAUGUAUAUGGCUGGUGCCGUUGGAGUCUAUGCCUUCCUAUUCUUUCUGCCCAUCAUUCUGCGUGGAGGUCUCGGGUACUCAAUCGAGCUAUCUUUUAUCCUGAGCACUCCCCCAUCGCUCUUUGCGGUUGUUGAAGCCAUGGCCAUCUCUUGGCUUGCUGAUAAAACUAGAAUGCGGGGACCUUUCGUUAUCUUCCAAGGCGUUAUCGGUAUCAUCGGGCUUUGUAUGACUGGGUUCCUGGAUACCCCGACUCCCAGAUAUAUCGGCACUUUUCUGGGCGUCGCUGGUGCCAACGGCUUAGUCGUAACAACUCUCGCCUGGCAAGCCAACAAUAUUGUGGGAGAUGCUCGUCGAGCUGUAUCUACCGCCAUCCUUAUUAGUAUGAGUGGCGUUGGUGGCAUAUACUCCAGCAUGGUGUUCCGUCAACAGGAUGCGCCCAAUUAUAUUCCGGGACUUAUUGCUGUCAUGGCGAUUAAUGUUGCAGCUGUCGUAGUUGCUGCUUUGACUAUGCUUCUCCUUCGAUAUCAUAAUCGACAGGCAGAUCAAGGAAAUCAUUUAUGCGAAGGUCGAGAGGGUUUUAGAUAUACGUUGUAG